UCUUCCAUUUUCCAUUACUAACAUAUAAUUGCUUUCUCUUGGCCUCUCUUUUCAAGCCUCUUCUAGAAAUUUUCUCCUUUAAUUUUCCUCUUCCCAUAGAUCAACUAAGCUAUGGCUAGGACAGGAAACAAGAGUUUACAAGCAAAACUGGUACUUCUUGGAGACAUGGGAGCAGGGAAGACAAGUUUGGUUCUAAGAUUUGUCAAAGGUCAAUUUUCCGAGUACCAGGAAUCAACAAUUGGAGCAGCAUUCUUCACUCAGGUAUUGUCUUUAAAUGAAGCCACUGUAAAAUUUGAUAUAUGGGACACAGCAGGGCAAGAACGAUACCACAGUUUGGCUCCUAUGUACUAUCGAGGUGCUGCUGCUGCCAUAGUUGUGUAUGACAUUACAAGCAUGGAUUCUUUUGUAAGAGCAAAGAAGUGGGUUCGAGAAGUACAAAGGCAAGCAAAUGCAAGUUUGACAAUGUUUUUGGUGGCUAACAAGGCUGAUUUGGAGGCGGACAGAAAAGUCAGCAAUGAGGAGGGUGAGGAAUAUGCCAAAGAACAUGGCUUAUCUUUUCUUGAAACUUCAGCAAAAACCGCACAGAAUGUGAACGAGCUCUUCUAUGAAAUAGCAAAGAGAUUGGCGAAAGCUAACCCUUUACGUCAAACUGGAAUCAAGCUGCAUACCAGGCCUCGAGAAACUAGAAGAGGAUUCUUUUGCUGUUCUUAAUGCAAAGUCAGAAAUCUUUUCUUUUGGAAAGUAUUGUUACAUUUAAAGCCAUGUCUGUUGUACUCAAAUCUCAAAUAUAGUUCACUACCCAAGGCUCAGUGCGGGAUCACCAUUCUAUGUAUCCUUCCUUUCGUGAGUUGUGUGGAUGCAUCCAUAAUCUAUGUCCAUUGUUGAUCUCUACGUAAUUGCUCUUCCAAGAAGAACAAUGACAUGUUCGGUAUACAUUGUAAGAUCUCACGCCCAAAGUUGUUCUUUCUUUUAUUUGUUUAUUUAUGUUUAUUGCUUACAACCGGUUUGUGUAAAGACAUUAUACCCACUUGGUAACGCUUGAUGUUGGCAAAAUUUUACUUUA